UAUUGACAUUCGAUGUGUGUACCGUGGAGGAAGUCUUGUAGUUUUUGUUAUAGUUCUAGAAUAAUUAUUGCGGUUAAAAGUUGAAAAACGAGCUGGAAAACUGACGCCUGGCAUGAGGGUACAAAUUCCCUCUAAGCCAUCACCACAACCAGAAGUGAAACAUACAAAAGCCAAGGAGGAUAGGUACAUUGCCUCGCUGGACAUCGGAACGACCACGAUAAGAUGCUUUAUCUAUGCCGCCAAUCGAGAUAUCGCCAAGCUGGAGAUCGUUGGAACCGCCCACGAGCAGGUUCAACUCGUCUAUCCUGCGGCCGGACAAGUGGAGAUCGUACCAGAUCAAUUAUGGGACAGCGUGAUGAAUACGAUUCGAAAUGCGAUGGCUGGCGCCAAGCUAGCCGCCAAUCAAAUCGACUGUUUAAGCAUAUCUACCCAGCGCAACACGUUUACCUGCUGGAAUCGGCUAACCGGCCAUGUGUACCACAAUUUUAUCACCUGGAAAGAUUUGCGCUCGGACGCACUUGUCCACCAGUGGAACAAUAGCUUUAAACUGAGAUUGCUCAAAUUCGGUGCUCGAUUCCUACACUUCUUUACACGCAGCAAACGCUUCCUCGCCGGGAGCGUUAUCAGGUUGAUGAACCCGCAGGUAACGUUGCGGCUGGCUUGGGUUUUGCAAAACAAUGCUGACCUACAACGGGACGUGAAGGGAAACAAUGUCCUGUACGGAACAAUCGACUCAUGGCUGCUGUACCGAUUGCGGCAGGGUACAGAGGUAACGCGUUCUGUCGAACAUAUCAGCGACGUAACGAACUGUACCGCGAGUGGGUUCUACGAUCCGUUCGGCCAACAGUGGGCUGGCUGGGCCCUCAAUCUGUUUUCGAUCAAGAGAGAUAUGCUACCCAAAGCGGUAGAUAAUUCGUAUGAUUUUGGCUAUGUGCACGAGUCACUGUUUGGAAGUGCUAUCAAAAUCGGGGCCUCGAUUUCAGAUCAGUCCGCUUCUCUGUGGGGAAACUGCUGCUUCGAGAAGGGAGAGGUAAAAGUCACCCUCGGCACGGGAUCUUUCCUGAACGUCAAUACUGGCUCCACGUGUUUGGCGUCGGUACACGGACUGUACCCUUUAUUAGGGUACAAACUGACAUCCGCUGGCUACGAUGCCGAAUUGGUGUACCUCAUGGAGGGUGCAUCAAACGACAGCGGUUCCAUUAUCGAGUGGGCAAUGAACAUCGGGUUGUUUACGAAUCCCAGUGAGAGCUCCAGUAUGGCACUAGCCGUACCCAACUCUGAUGGGGUGUCAUUCAUUCCGGCUUUUAGCGGAUUGGGGCCGCCGAUCCGUGACGAUACCGCUGGCACCGGGUUCAUCGGCAUUAAACCGUCCACCCGGAAGGAACAUCUGGUGCGAGCGAUUCUCGAAAGUCUCACCUAUCGCAUUGCGCUGCUCUACACCUGUGCCCUGAGCGAAACGCGCUUCACAUUCACCCGCAUCAAGGUCGACGGUGGUGUCUCUCGGAACGACUUCAUCUGCCAAACGCUGGCUGACCUGACUGGACUCCCGGUGGAACGGGGCGAAGUAACGGACUCGACUGCGCUGGGUGCGAUGUUUCUAGCCGGCCUGAACGUUGGCAUCUGGCACAGUAAGCAGGAGCUGAUCGACAUUCGCAAGAUCGAUCGGAUCUUCCAGCCGAAUGGCGCCUGUCGGAGCCAGUGCGUGAAAAGUAUGCAAUCGUGGGAGCGCGCCGUUCAACGAUUCAAACGGUGGUACAUCGCCGAAGAACUGAACAAUCUAAACUAAACUAAACUUUGUGAUAUAUUGAUUGUUACAACGGUGGUUGUGGUUGCAAUAAAGAAAGACGUUAUUUUAAAGUCAA